UCUUUCCUUCCGCCCGUCCUUCCCCCGUCGUCCGGCGACUCACUCAUCCCGUCUUCAUUCGCUUGAGGACAUAUCAUCCGGGCCAAGCCUGCCUCACGCCCAUAUCCCUCUCUGUCGGCCGUCUCAACCCAGGCCAUGUUCUUUGUGGGAUACUUGCUCCUGGCGCUCCUGGCGCCUCUGGCUCGGCCUGUCCAUGCCGCAUCCUCGUCCUGGACAUCAAGCGUCUUCCAGGUCCAGUCGGCAGGGUCGCUGAACUCCAGUCCGUUUUCCACCAUCACUAGCAUGGGCGUCGAAAACAACUUCCUCAUGGUCCUCGGCCCCAUCAACCCAACCGCGGACGUCCAGGCAGCCACUGGCGCCAAGAGCCAGGUCUUUGACCAAGUCUGGCAGGCCCGCACCAACACCACUUCGGCGUGGCUCUGGGCCUGGUCCUUCAGCAACGGAACCGUCGCCAACUCAUCGGCUGUCUACACCGCCCUGUCGGUCAAAAAGUCGAGCCUACAGAUUGCGCCGAACGUCCUGAUCCUGGCCAACAAGAGCAACCAGACGAUCGACGUUCUGUUCUACUGGUGGUUGAAUCCCCGGACAACCUCCGACUGGGCGGCUCCGGCUUUCAAGGUUGCGUAUCCCUCCGGCGUUGCCGACAUCACCAAGAUGUCGUCGCUGGAUAACCAGGGCGGUGUCUAUGCCGUCUCAGCCAGCAACGGGCUCUACUGGACUCCCGUGCUCCAGCCCCUGACCACGCAGCCCCCCUCCAACAACCAGAGCAUGCUGGUGCGGCAGUUUAACGGCACGGUCCAGUCCAUUUGGAUGAUGCAGGACUUUUCGACAAUGUUCGUACUCGAGAAAAACUUGCCGCUGGCCUACACUCUCUGGCGCUGGUCGAUCAGCGGACCUCGCCAGCUCCCAGACAGCAAAGGCACUGUCGUCGCCAAGCUGUCGGCAGCCAACGAGACGCAUGUCAUGACGUCGCUGGCCGUCUCUCCCAACACCGGAAACAUCUUUGUUGGCAUCACAAACCAGACAAUCGCAGUGCUGAGCAACACCGGGGCUCCCCUGGGAAGCAUUGGCACGUCCUUUGUCAACAUCACCUCCCUCGAACUCAACGAGUAUACGAGCCUGCUCUAUAUUGGCGGCACCUCUGGAUCUGUGUCCCAGAUCGAUUAUUUUGAUACCUCAGCGAUCGCAGGGCCCCCGAUCUCGGCCGCUGCCGGGUCUCUGUCUGCGCCAGGCACAUGGACCGUGAUGACUGCCCUGUUCUGCGCCCUGGCUGCAUUGCACGCAACAAUGUGAGGCAAAGCUCUGUCUGCCCAAGUGCACUUUCUCUUGCUACAAUCUCGUGCCCCGAGUUUCUCUAUACACACAAGAUGUCCUCUUUAGAACCCUUUACCAACAUUGCCAAUAUUGCCAAUAUUACAUCGCUCGAAAUACGAA